CAAACUCCGACUGCUGGCUGAAUCCCGUGUCGUUGUGCGAGGUCGGCCAUUACGCGGAGUGCGAAAGCAACACACUCAGGCUGAAGUGAAGUGCAUUUUUCUACGCGUGAAAUCCUCCGGAAAAUCGCGCAUACCAACCGCUGAAACCGUUUCCGUCCACCGCAGGACACCCGCCGUCAGCCAGUUCCGGUAAUCGUCAUCCGGGGGGAGGAAAAACGGGGCUCAAAUUCGAAAAGAAAUUUUGAGUUGCUCGUUCCUUCGCUUGACACACGGGGGAGAGAGACAAGGUGAAAGUCUGCGGUUUCGGCGGAACACACGUAACAUAGCCUACUUUGCCUGCUAAUGGCGUCUCAGGGCUUUUUCCAUGAGCGUGGAUGAUGAAAUUUCUUUGCAGCUCGGAAUUUGUGCCCUACCGGAAGCGUCCGGUGCAUCAAUUUGUCCGAUUUGUGUCGCGGGGGUUUGAAACCGGCGAUCAGGGGGUGGUUUAAAGGUACUUACCGUCGUUUACGGGUGGAAAAUUGAAAAAAUCCACACGUGAAGCUCUGGCAGCGAUCCGCACGGGUAACAACAAAUCACUAGACUGCGGUCGCCAUAUUGGAAAAUUUUUCUGCUUCCCUUUCGCACACCAACGCACGCUGGGUUAAGGGAGUGUGAGAGUGUGAUUUGUUUUGGCGAAGAGGCGCGCGCGUUUGUGUGCGUGAGUGUACGAUUAUUUACCGAUCGUCGUCGCGAAGGGAUCAAAAAACAGGAAGCAGUUGCGUUAGUGUGGGUGUGUGUGGAAGAAACGUCACUCGAGCGCGCAGGAUCUGAUUGCUGCGAUUGAGGACACUCUCAAUCGACGUUUUGUUUUUCUCCACCUGAAUAAUCCUGACGGAUUUGUGCUGUUUUUGUUUACGAAGAUUUAGAGAGCAGUGCUUCGGAAGUAGGAAUACAAUCAAUAUUUUCCUCUUAAAAGAAAGUCGGGAAAGUGAAAAGAGUUUAAGCUGAAGUAAUAGCAUAAGCAUUAUAAGCUGUGAUCAAAAAGUGUACGGUGUGAAGAUUGCCCAGCGGAAGAUUCCGAUUUCCGUUGCGCUUGGAUCUUCCGAAAUUGUCCCCGGUCUAUAAAUGGCAUCGGGAGCGGGAGGAGCUGGUCCCAGUGCUAGUAGUGGAUCCAGUGGCAGUAACAGCAGCAGCGGAACUCUAGCCCGGGAUGAUUCCAAAUGGUACUUUACGGCGGAACAGCUGGCCAAUUCUCCGAGCCGCAAGUGCGGCAUGGAUGCCGACCAGGAGCUCAUGUACAGACAGCGGGCGGCAAACCUAAUCCAGGACAUGGGCCAGCGGCUGCAAGUGUCACAACUUUGCAUCAAUACGGCAAUUGUAUAUAUGCACCGCUUCUAUGCAUUUCAUUCCUUCACACAAUUUCACCGUAAUAGUAUAGCUGCUGCUGCCCUGUUUCUCGCGGCAAAGGUCGAGGAACAACCACGUAAACUCGAGCACAUCAUCAAAGUGGUACACAUAUGUCUGGGCAUGGAGGCGCCCGAUCCACUGAAAGAAAACUACGCUGAGCAAGCUCAGGAUCUGGUGUUCAACGAGAAUGUGCUGCUGCAAACACUCGGUUUCGAUGUUGCCAUCGACCAUCCGCAUACGCAUGUCGUCAAAACAUGCCAUUUAGUCAAAGCUUCCAAGGAUCUGGCCCAGACCUCCUACUUUAUGGCUUCUAAUAGUUUACACCUGACAACUAUGUGUCUGCAAUAUAAACCGACAGUAGUCGCUUGUUUUUGUAUACAUUUAGCCUGUAAAUGGUCCCGAUGGGAGAUUCCACAGUCGAAUGAAGGCCGACAUUGGUUUCAUUAUGUGGACAAAUCCGUCACGUUAGACCUGCUCAAACAGCUGACAGACGAGUUCCUUCACAUCUUUGACCGGUGUCCCACGCGGUUAAAGAGCAAAAUGAAAUCGAUACGGGCCGAACAGCCACAAGCGGAUGACUCGAGUCGGAGAAGUUCCUCAGCAAUGCCGAGCUCCUCGUCGUCGGCCAUUGCCCGUGGCCUUGACGACGCUGGUCCGUCCUCUAGUCAUCAUCGGUCGUCGUCCCAUUCGCACUCUAAGCAGAGCUCUUCAAGUGGUGAUCCAUCGCUGAAAGCAUCACAAUCGUCAUCUUCCAGCCACAAAAUUCCUUCAUCAUCCGGUAGUUCUCGUUCGCGCGGUGAACGUCCACCGUCGUCUUCAGCGCAGGCAUUACACCAGAGGGAGAUGAUGGCCGGUGCUGGUGGUCACUACGGAGCCAGUGGUUCCAGUAGCAGUAAAAUGCAGCCAAUGCCGCAUCACAGUAGUAGCCGUUCCUCCGGCAUGCCACCACAGUCGUCUUCGUCGUCGUCUUCAUCGUCUAGAUACGGCGGCAACCUGCAUGAAGGUUCCAGAGAUCCAAAGAAUCGCAUGAUGCCAACGGCGGCAGCAGGCAGUUCCUCUUCAUCGAUACCAAUGCAUCCGUACGGCCAAAGCAAGGUUGAUCGCCACAGCGUUAGUAGUGGCCAAAAAGGUCCAUCUCUUAUGGAUAGUAAAAAUCAGGGCAAAUCCCAAAGCUCCAUAAUGGCAGCGCCACUGUUCAGUGGCAGUAGUAAUCCUGAUUUGUCCAGCCGGUCGUCAGCAUCGAUGAUGAAACAACCUUCGUCAGCAUCCUACGGGUCUCACCCACCUAGCUAUAGUCAAUCGAUGAGUAAUCGAAACAACAUGCCUUCUAAUGAAUCCGUCCCCAAUCAACAACCGCAGUUUAAGAACCAGAUGCAACCACAGUUACCAUCAGCUGGUUCUGAAUCAUCAUCAUUCCGCCUUAUUGACGAUAGUAAUCGAUUGACCGAACCGAUGCAAAUCUGUACACCCCCCAAGCAGUCAUCCAAGCCUUCGUCGAUUUUCAGCCCAGACUGGAAGGACACGCAAGCGGACAGCAACAAUGCCAACGUAUCGAAUAGUGGUGGCAAAUCUAGGUCUCAAGGCCAGGCUAACGUUCAGAAGGCUAUCAAGGAAAGCCCCAGCAGCAAGGAGAAGAAACCUUUGGCAGCUGGAUAUCCAGAUCAACAGCAGAAGUCGCGUUCUAUCACUCCAAAGAAGGAGCGACGAACGGAAGCUGUGACGACGACGCCCAGCGGAAGUCAGUCGAAGUCUUCGAACGAGAAGAAACCUUCCUCGACAUCUUCGAGCCUGAAACGUACUUUGGACGUGACUCCAACCGGGGCAAUGUCUCUGGAAUCGACGGAUUUACUAGGUAUCAAUAAGCUUUCUAGUGGGCAAGCGCCAAUGAAACGGUCGCAUCCCAGUAGCGAACAAGUUCGCCAGGAAGACGGUACCGACUUCCGGGAGUUUAAGGUACGGAAAGUGGAAAUCCCCUCGCCGUCGGAGAAUCUGUUUGCUUCGUCAUUCGAUUUGUCGAGCACAUUCGACAAGCAGGACGACAGUUUUUCGAUGUUUUCGUUCCACGAUCCGGGGUCAUUGCUGUCGCAACCGUUACUGAGCGAUUCCAAACCGGCGAAUGUCGGUAAGACCAGCUUCAGUAAUACGAUCAAUGGAAUUGAAACCAAUCCAGCGUUGGUUAGUAGUUUACUCAAGGAAAGCCUUUGUAGCACUGAAAGCAAGUUCGGCACGCUCAAUGCCAACAGUAGCGGCAGUAAUAGCGCUACCAAUGCUCCAGGUGCUUCUACGACAAGCAGCAGCACGAUAAUGGGCACAGGAUCGAGUACCGCUCCUUCACAAUCGGUUUCUAGCUUGAGCGCUUCAUCGGCCCCAAGCAUAGCGUCCAAUGUACCUGAAACUAUCAAAAUCAAAUCAGAGGCUCCAUCAUCUCUAGACGUGAACGCACCAUCUGCAAUCAGUAGUUUACUUGCACAGUCCGCACCAAUAUUGUCGACUGCCCCUGCCCUGAUCAAUCCUUCGAUGGGAAGCGCCAGCAGCGAACUUACGACCCUAACGGGCGAUGCAGUUUCAGCGCUUACCAAAGAGGAAGAGCAUCGCCGGUCCAAGUCGGAGAAGAAGAAAAAGAAGGACAAACACAAACACAAGGAAAAGGACAAAUCGAAGGACAAAGACCGCGAAGAACGGAAGAAACACAAGAAGGACAAAGAUCGGCACCGGGACCGAGAACGGGAAAAAUCCGAACAAGCCAGCGAUGCAGCUCUGGUCCCCGGUCCGAUCAAGAUCAAACUUCCAAAGGACAAGCUGAAUCUCCACCCGCUCACGGCUGAAAGCACAACCGGUGGCAAUCCGGCACCGGCCGCCGACAUGGGACUGAAGAUAAAAAUUCCGAAAGAUCGACUCUCUGGUGCUUCUUCCAUCAGUGGUUCCGCCACGGGUGGACCAGUUGCCCCCGCGGCAGGAGGAGGUUCUGCGCCCGGUGGCCAAUCAGCCCCCACCAACCCGCUCAAAUUGAAAAUCUCCAAGGACAAAAUUGAACACUACAACAUCAGCGACGGUGGUUUCAACAAUGGGUCCGGCCACGGACAUGGGGGAAGUCACCACGGCCACAGCAACAAGAAGAAAGACCGCGACAAGGAACGCGACAAGAGCAAAUCCAGCAAAUCGUCGACGGGGUCGUUGGGUGCGGCGGCGGUGGCUGCGGCCACGGCAGCAGUCCCCAAUGAUUACAACAAACAGAAUGGUAACGGUGGCGGUGGUGGUUCCUCCGCCGCCUCCGGUGGACAGACAACUGGCAACUCUUCCAGUAAAUCUUCCUCUAGCAAGCAAAGUGCUCUUUCAGCACAGCAACAAUAUUCCCUCAAACACAUGACGACGACAGAGCAACAGGCUACUGGAGGUCCUCAGCAUCCGGCUAGUUUCGAUUACAUGCAGCACGCUCAGGCUCCCACGCUGCAGCAACAGCAAUACUUCAGUCAGUUUGGGGCGUUCAACGCCCAACAGCAGCAGCAACAGAAUGUGCUCCUGAACAGUGCGACGAAGAUGUCUGGCAACAAUCUUGGCACGUCUCUCCCAAACUUUUACUACGGCACGAGUAAUCAGAACAAUGGUAAUAACACUAUCAAAAAGUAAAUUAUAGAGAACUAUUCCGAUAGCUUGUAACGUUAUGCACACACUCCAAGAGGUGUGACGUACUGGUAUACCCAAGUCGGAUUAAAAAUGUAUGGCUUUAAUUUUAAAUUUAGUUUUAAAACAUCAUCCUUUGUGAAUACAUGUACAUAACUUUGAUUGUAAUGAAAACAAGAAAAGCAAUAAAUUAAGUUUUCUUUACGUUGCUCUUUUGGUUAGAAAAGUUAUAGUUAUUAUAGUUGAAAAUUCUUGAACGUUGAUCCAACGCUAAUGCACGCAGUUUGAAACGAACAACAUUUAAAAAAAUUGUGCUUAACUAUCGUAGAAUAAUUCCAACCAAAAAAAGUCGCUGCAAACGUGAGAAUUCUGGAAAUCUCUGCGAAUUAUCAUACAGAAAAGCAAACAAGUUACGCAGUAAUAUGCUUUCUUUGCAGCAACACAUUCGUUGGUAGCUAACUAAUUAACAACAUAGAAUAAACAAAGAGAAAUAACAAAUUCCUAUUAGUUACAUUGAAGAUGCAAAACAUCUAGGAAGAAAUUACAAGUCUGAACAAGCGAGAAGCGAACACUUCUAGAAGGAGAAUAAUAAACACUGGCACUCAUCAAUUUUCUUCGAAAUGUAUUGAACGAUACAGAAAACAGGUGGUUUGAUGAGAAGUAGCCUAUAAGUUAGUUAGAUAAUGCUAUCACAUUGUAUUCAUGUUCACCAAACUAUUAGCAAUGAAUCAACUCAGAUUAGCAGUUGUAAAAUAAAUGAAACAAAGGGACAUUUGUUUCGGGUGAAAAGUUAAA